AAAGAGUGGGUGGGGCUGGGAACUUUCCAUAGCAACAAUGGAGAAUCAAUUCAAGCCCAGGAUCUGUGAAUGGGAAGACCUCUCCCUCACGAACACAGAGGCGCUGCAAACAUGUGGAGUAACUGUAGAAGCUGUAAAGAAAGUAUUGAAGGAAAUUCUGGGAGUAUCAAGUGAAGACAAGCAGUCAACAAUUGAGCUAGACCUCUACACCCAUGCUUUGCUUUUUGCUAAAACUAACAAAUUCAGUCUCCCCCAGAUGUCUGCAUUCUUCACAAUACUAAAGAGUGUACAUAAGCUGUGUAUAAGCACACCGUUUGACAAUCAGGAACAGGCUUUGGAGCUUUUCAACAACCUCCUUAUUCGUCAUGGAGUAUCAAGACCACCUUACAGCGUUAUGCUCUUCUCUCUCCAGCAAGUCAAGAUCAUCACAGACUAUGUACUGAGCACAUACUUCAAGCACUAUAAGAUGUACAAGUAUGCAUUCACUAAGAAGGUUCGACUAAGCCUCAGAUUAGCGUACAGUGGAGAGGACGUUGGAGAAGAAGAGAAUAAAGAAGAAGAAGAUGAGAAAGAGGACACAAAGAUUGAUCCAGUAGAAGAGCCUGAUUUUGUUGAAGAUAUUGAAGAGGCUGAGCCUCCCAAUGGAGAAGAUUCCAUUGAAGUAGACCCAACUGAAGAAGCAGAUCACAGAGAUCUCAAGGACAUAGUGUCCUCCACACUAUCAAAGAAGCUAAAAGACCUAGAAGUGAGCAUUGAGCAGGAAAUGAACACACAAGAACGAAAGUUGGCUGAGAGAAUUGGUGCUCUAGAAAAGCUUGUUGGAGAGAAACCAAAGCAACCAAAGCAACCAAAGCCCAAGAAAUAACUGACGUCACUGUUUUCAAUAAAUAUGUGCAGUAUUGUCAAAUGAAUAACAUGAUAAAAAUAAUGAGAAUCAUUUA